AUGUCCAAAUACGCAAAAAUAUUUUUAAUUUCACUUUUCCAUAAAACAAGAAUACAGCCCGAUAAACUAAAAAAAUUAUAAAAAAUGUCAAAAUUUUGUAGCAAUUUUGGCACACUAACAUAUCUUGAAUUAGAUAUUUUAAGAAAAGGAUUGAUGCUCGAAACAGAAUCUGUACAUCAGGAGUACUUAACAAAAGCCCGACAUGUAAAUGAUUGCACAGCAAGUAUAGGCACAAAUGAAAAUCAAUUGAUUCACAUAGAUAAUUGCAUGGAGAUGUUAAAACUGAAUAUAGCAAGUUUGGAGGAAGAGUUACUACUCAUUGAAUGCGAUUUGAUUGAAUGCUCUAAAGUUGUGGAGACCAUAGAAAAUUCCCAAAAUUGUAGCAUUUGCAGGUGUCUUGGAAUUCCACCAAAAACUGAACGCGAAAAGUUCAUGGACUUGUUGCAAAAAACUUCAUUUCAUAUUUGGCAAUUAUAUGAUUUUUCAUCGCACGUAGAGAAGAUUAUAAAACAUUUUUGUGUUCCAAAGACCACCUACGAUAUUUUGAUCAUAUCGGCUGCUUACUUUCAGAUUUUUCGUAUUUUAAAUUGUCAUAAUGUCAUUUUAUGUAAUACCGAACGGAACAUGGAUUUAGUUAUGGACAAAUUGCUAGCAAUAACCAAUUAUCUAACCUGGAACAAAAGUUUCUUCCGCAGACCACUUGGCAAGCGUACAUUGAACUCCUGAAGUACACAACAAAUUGAAAG